AUGAAGAAAGCAAUGGUGAAACCAAGGGCAAUUCUAAGAUCAUUGAAGGAAAAGGACCCAUCUAUUGUAACUGGUAUGAAGACAAUUUACAAUACUAUAUUUAAGUUAAAUUUCAGUGAAUUGUCUGGGAGAUCUCAAUUGCAAUCAUUGUUCGUCAAGUUGAAAGAAGAUGAAUACCUCUCGUACCAUAGAUCGAACGAGUUGAAUGUGAUUACUGACUUGUUGUGGAUCCACCCGAAAUGCAUUAAGUUGGCACAGUCGUAUCCGUACGUAUUCGUCAUCGAUUGCACGUACAAGACCAAUCGUUACGGACUCCCAUUUCUUGAGAUUGUGGGUUUUACUUGUACCAAUAUGACGUUCUCCAUUGCCUUUGCAUACUUGGAUCACGAAAAGACGAAAAAUUUCGAAUGGGAGUUGCGUUGUUUGAAGGAGGCCAUGACCAGUUGUCCUCGGCCUAAUUGCAUUGUAACAGAUCGAGAUUUGGAUUUAAUGAAAGCAGUGGCCAAUGUGUAUCCAUCGAGUCAUUACUUGCUGUGUCGGUGGCAUGUGAACAAGAAUAUAUUGGCCAAUUGUGAGAUAUUGUUCACAAAGGACAUCACCAAAUGGAAGCAAUUUCAGUCGGCUUUUUCGGCUCUUAUUGAAAAAAAUACCAUAGAGGAGUUCAAUGAGGAUUGGGAGUCAAUGAAAAGAACAUUUAUCAGUUAUCCCCCGGCUAUAGCAUAUGUAGCUAAUUCAUGGUUGGAUCCGUACAAGGAGAGACUUGUAUCGGUGUGGACAAAUAAGUGUACUCAUUUUGGAACGUACAUUUCUAAUAGGGUGGAGGGGGCACACGGACGAAUGAAAAGGGAUGUGCAUAAUUCAACUGGCACCUUUAAGGAUUUGUAUACGAAAGUCCACAACCAAAUUGUCGAACAACACAAUGACAUCAAAGCUUCUUUUGAAGUAAGUAAAAAUACUUACGAACACACUUUCAAAACGUUGACAUACAAUGAGCUUCGUGGAAGUAUCUCAAAAUACGCUCUGCAACUACUCAAAGUUGAGGUGGAAAAUGCGAAACUAUUGCAACCGAGCGAUACGGGUUGUAGUUGCGCCAUCCGAACAACUCACGGUCUACCAUGUUGCCAUGAACUUCAUGAGUAUGUUGUUGUGAACAAAUGUCCUAUCCCACUUGAGUUAAUAGGCUUGUAUUGGAAACACACGAGCAUGGAGCCCGUCGCGACCACAGACGAAGUCAUCCUACCAACCAUCGACGAAGAAUUAUCGGAAUACCAGAAGCUCUUUGAAUGUGCCGAUCUCGAUGCAAAAACUCAAUUGCGCAACCAUUUGAGACAUUUUACCCACCCAGAGAAGACUAACCUUACGGAGCCAAGUGAAAAAGUUGUUAACAAAGGUCGACCGGCAAAAAAUAGGAAAGACAAAUCAAGCACUCGUGACAAAUCACAUUUUGAGUACGUGGAGCCAAAGAAAAAAAAAUCGAAGCAAGCUAGUUGUUCUCCAAAGCUUAUACCUGUACUGAUGAGAUUACGAGGGCACUCGAAUGAUUCUAUUAACACUAUACCAACUCAAGAGUAA